GUUGCUGAUCAUUUUUACUUUUCAUUCGUUUCAUUGCAUAUCGAAACUUUUACCUUCAUUUAUUCUCUUUCCCUAUAUCUCUUCUUCAUCCUUUAAAACUUUCUAUUCUUUCGACCUGACGCAUCGUGACCCUCACCUCCACCGCUUCAGCCCUACAUAUAUAAAAUAUAUAGAACCGACCACUCAAUCAAGACAACAAUGGAAGGAGGAGGAGUAGCCUCUAGCGGCGAGGCCAGCGCUGCCGCAACUUCAUCAGCAGCAGCCCAUACAGCCGGCGAAGGCGCAGCACCAAUUCACAGCAACCACCACCAUACCGAUGAUCAGGCCCAUAGUCAACAAGCAUUCGUUUAUCAUCGGGAGCAGGACUCCCCGCAACCAAAAUCACGGCCGAUUUCGUUAAGUGACCUACAAGAAGCGCGCAAGCAUUAUCUCAUGCCGACUCAACCUACCGCCUCGGAUUUGGAACAUUAUUUUACCGGUCCUCGUGAUAUGAGCAGACACACCAAAUGGCCUACAUUUCUCCGAAUGGACGGUAGUAUCCUGCCGAGAUUGAUUCUGCCAUUGAUUUUUAUAGCCGGCUGGUCGACCGCAAUUACAUGCAUUCAUAUAAUAGUUCAUCCUUUGACUGUGUCCAAUAUCUUGUUGACUGUCCUCGGUUUUGUGGUCGGUUUGGCGUUGUCGUUCCGAAGCACGACUGCAUAUGAACGUUAUGCCGAUGGUCGCAAAUACUGGGCUUCAAUUAUACAGACAUCCCGUAACAUGGCUCGUACAAUUUGGGUACAUGUAAAGGAACGACCAGGCGAAGAGGGAAAACAAGAUGUUUUGGGAAAAGUAACCGCGAUGAACCUCCUCCUCGCCUUCUCAGUCGCCCUCAAACACAGCCUCCGUUUCGAACCAGCCAUUGCCUACAAGGAUCUCGUCGGGCUUGUAGGCCACUUGGACACAUUCGCCAAGGAAGCCCACGACCCUGAAUUCUUGAAUCCACCUCGCAAAUCAUUCUGGAAAUCAGCAGGAAUGUAUCUCGGAGUCACAUUUGCAGAAUCCAAUCCACGCAAACUGAUCAAGCGCGCUAAGAAGCCGUUGGGCCAUUUGCCGCUUGAGAUUUUGAAUCAUUUGUCUGCGUAUAUUGAGCAUUGCGAAAAGGAGGAACUUCUCAAGUCGGCGUUGCAUCAAGGUCAAUUGAUCAACUCCGUUGCUUCAUUGAACGAAGCCUUGACUGGUUCUGAGCGAGUCCGUGACACACCUCUACCGGAAGCGUACAGCAUUGCCAUUUCGCAGAUCUCAUGGAUUUACAUCCUGGUCCUUCCCUUCCAGCUUGUCAGUCUGAUGAACUGGAUCGCCAUUCCCGGGUCAAUCGGUAAGACCUUUCCUGCGCCUUUUCUGCUAUCAUCCAAUGCAUAACAUACUGACAAUAAUAGUCGCCGCAUACAUAAUCCUAAGCUUUGUCGCCAUUGGCCGCGAACUCGAAAACCCCUUUGGUGACGACGUCAACGAUCUCCCCCUAGACUCAUACUGCAAACAGAUCGCCUCAGAAGUCGACAUCAUCACCGCCACCCCUGCCCCAAAAAUGAUGGAUUUCAUGAACAGUAGCGAUAACUUCGUCUUCUACCCCUUGAGUCUGGAUGGAUUCGAUAAAUGGCAACAACGUAGCAUGGACGAAAUCCGUGCGGCGUUGAGGACGAAAGUUAUUGCGCAGAAGCAGGUUAUUGACGAUGAAGGGGAGAUUACGACGUUGGCGCCGAGUAUGAAGGAGUAGAUCUCUGUUCCCCGGGAAAGCUUUGGACUGGUUUAAAAGUGUUAAGCAUUGUUCUGCAUUGUGUCGAUUCGAGAUUUCUGUUUAUAAGCGUGCAAAUGUCGGGAUUUCAGUAGAGGUGUUGGAGUCUGGUGUGUUUUGUCACCUUGAAAAAAGUAAAAAAAGGGACAUAAAUUGGACAUACAUAAUAAAUAUAUGCAUUUUCAUCAGCCAACGCCAUCCAUGCUUAAAGUAAUAAUAUCAAGGAUCAAAAACCUCUUUCCCAGACCCAUGCACAAUAGCAUUCAAAUAAUUCCCCUUUGCGCAUACCCUCCACGCAACACCUCCAUCCCCGUCCUCUGAGACAUCACCCGCAGCCGCCGCAGCAGCAGCAGCAGAAGAAGAUAAAGACCCAACCCACGAACUCAACGCCGCAAGUACAGCCGCGCCAU